AUUAAGUGCGUGCUACUAGAUCUACAAAAACUUGAAUUAAAAAAAAACUCCCCCAUUAACGUUUGCAAGUUACAGAGAGAGAAAAACCGUUCCUAUAAGAAGCUCUCCUAUAAAUACUACCCACUGUCUCACUUGAUCCUCCAAAGCAAAGAAGAGAUUAGCAAGACAACACGAUGCAUGCCUCACGCACGCGUACGAUGCUUCCCGUCGUCGUCUCAUUGUGCGCCGUGGCUCUCCUGCUCUCGCCGGCGUCGUCAGCUGAUCCGGAAUCACUCGGCGCAGCCGUCGGCGGCGGCGACAGUAGUUGGCGUGCGGAAGCACCAGCGGAGGCGCCGGCGGGCGUGGCGGCGACACUGAAAUGGACAGAAGACGACGUCGCUGACGGCAUCGGGGUGCCACUGCCAGCAGCGGGGAGGCAGGCGUUGAGGCCUCGCCGCCACACUCCUUCCGCGCUCAGCCCUGACGCGAGGCGGGGCCUCGACCAUGAGGCUCGCUGCGGCCCGCGCGUGUCGGUGGGGCGGGGCGUCUUCUUCCCGUGGCCCGGGAGGGACCCACGCUGCCGUGGCGGCGCCACGCAUGGCGGUGACGCCGCCGGCGCGCCGGCCGUGCACCGGCUGCUUCCGCUGGUCGACGAGCGGUAGCACCAGACAGACACGCACGAUUCUGGACGUCGGCAUGCGACGUACGCGCGCCCUCACGUUUGAAUACAACGAGGAAUGUGUGAUUCAUAAAGAAACGGUUUACAAUCUUUCGUGAAUCGGCCACUGAUAAUGUUUAUCGAGCAACAAUAUAUACGUCCUGUCACUUGAUUUUUCGUGUCGUUGUUCUUGAUUACGCCACUAAA